UUUUAGUCUUAUUUCAUCGUUCGGUGCUAGCAGUUGAAUGUUUUUGUUAUUAUAAAGUACAAGUAGCAAGUGAAGAGAAAUUUUGUUCGCGCGAAAGAAAAUAGACAUAAAAAUAAUAUUAUUGUGGCUGCAUUUGAUGACUAAAUUGUGAAUUACAAAAAAAAAAUGAAUAGAAAUCCAUUAAAAACUCCAUCACUUCAAGAUGACGAAAGGUUUGCAUUAAUGAAGUUUCGGCGCUCUGUUUCAGAUAUCUUAAAACCAGAGCAUGAUGACCAUUUUCUACUUCGCUGGUUGCGCGCACGACAAUGGAAUCCUGAUAAUGCUGAAAAGAUGCUGCGAGAAUCCAUGAAAUGGCGAGAGAAAUGGAAUCUUGAUGAUCUUGAGUCUUGGGAAGCACCAGCAGUAUUUAAAGACUUCAUACCACAUGGAUCGACAGGCUUUGAUAAAGAUGGAUCUGUUGUAAUUUUUAUUCCAUUUAGUGGAAUCGAUAUUUGGGGAUUAUUGCACAGUGCGUCAAAGCAUGAUAUCAUCAAAAAUACAAUUCGAGUUCUUGAAAGAUAUAUGAAAUUGGCAUAUGAACAGAGCAAGAUUCAUGGCCCUGACGCACGGAAGUUCUUGGUCAUCUUUGACAUGGACAAUUUUUCAAUGAAACAAUAUGCUUACCGACCAGCAGCUGAGCUUGUGAUUACCGCAUUUCAAAUGUAUUCAAACAACUAUCCAGAAAUUUUAAAAUGCUGUCUCAUUAUAAAUGCACCAAAAAUAUUCUCAUUUGGCUUCAACAUCAUAAAAAAAUUCCUAGACGAAUAUACGCUGUCCAAGAUCAGUAUCUUCAAACAUAACAAACAUAAAUGGUUGCCUGCUAUUUUAGAACGUGUUGAUGCUUCAUCACUGCCGGUUUAUUUUGGUGGUCAACAGGCUGAUAAAGAUGGAAAUCCAAAAUGUUUAGAGAAAAUUUGUUGGGGAGGAAAAAUUCCAAAGCAGUUUUACAUAUCUGAAGAGGAUUCGUAUAACAAUACGUCAACAUAUAAGACGACAGUCGUCAAAAAAGGCUCAAAACUAAAGCUUCACUUUGAGAUCGAAGAUUCUGGAGUGUUUUUAAAAUGGGAAUUUAAAACAGAAAUACAUGACAUCAAAUUUGGUAUUAGAUCUGUGAAUCAGCAAACAGGUGAAAAGGUCAACGAAGUGGCAUUGAGACGAGUGCCUGCACAUGAAAGUGAAGAAUCUGGAUUCAUUACGUGUCAUGCAAAUCAUAAAUACACAGUGGUAUUUGAUAAUAGCUACAGCUACUUUAAAAAUAAGAAGCUGACAUAUUCCGUGGUAGUCACACGACCUCUUGAUGAAGUUGAAAAGAGCGCGAGUAAAAUAGAAGAGAAAAUUUUUGACCAAAAUGAGAACGAUAUAUCGUGCGAAAUUAAGGCAGAGUAAUGAAAUUAGAAUUAAUAAUUAUGUGAUGGCAAUUAUUAGAUAGCUCAAUUAAGUUUUUGUGAUUCUUUGAUGACGAAAUUCCAUUUUUAUAAUAUAUUUUUGAGACUGUUAUUGUGUUAUCUGCAUGAAUUUUGUAUAAACAUUGGUCAUUCAUAUUAAUUUAUUAAUCACAGUUAAAUCGGCCUAUAUUUAGAAAGACAAUGACCUCGACAUUAAAGUCAGUCUAUUCUUCUAAUCACAAACUCAAUGAUUGGCUUUGUUUCAAGAGAUUUUUGAGAGAAUAAAAUUGAUUAAAUAAUUUUUUUUCAUGGAUUUUUUGUGGAUGACAAAAUCAGAAGCUUUGGUAAUGAAUUUAUUUAAAAAUAUAAGUGUAUCUCAGCUUGAUUACUAAAUAUAAUUGUGCUUAGUAUGUCGUUCAAAAUGAUUAGAUGCUUCA